AUGGGCCGCCUCCUCCUCGAGCUCCGGCGUGACGCGCAUGCCGACGGGCUCAGCCUCUGCGUCUGCAACCCCAUGACGGGGGACAUGGCUCUGCUGCCGCCAAUACCCAACCCGGGGUUCUACGCGUGCACGGUGCUCUGCGGCGACGACCUCGCUCCACCGCGCCCGUCGCGCACCUUCUUCCGCGUGCUCAUCGUCUACAACCGACAUAGGCACACCGCGCUGCGCUCCUACUCCUCGGACACCGAGUGCUGGAGCCGGGAGGUUCAGAGACCAGGCCCAAAGAUCAAAGGUAACAAGCUACGCAAGUUUGGACAGGGCGUUGUGCUCCGUGGCGUGGCCUACUGGCCGCUGCUCCGCACGGUGCUGGCGGUGCGGCUUGACACGCCGGAGCCCACUGAGGCACCCAUGCCGGCCGGCAACCUUUCAGAUCAGCCUCAGAACUUGCGUUUACUGGGCGCGACUCCCGACGGGAAGCUGACCUUCAUCAGAGCGGGAGUUAGUAGAGAUGGACGCUUGCCCAAGAAAAGCAGAGAUCGACUCUGUGUGGCGAUAAGAGUCCUUGAAACCAGUGGCACCUGGGAGAGAAAAGAUGUCUUCGUGUUGCCGCAGCUUGCGUUAACAUAUCUCCCCACCAUCAACGUUCGGUGGUUCGGCGAGAAGAGCGGCAUCCUCCUCUUCACGCUUGGCGAUGCCAGCAACAAUCAUGGAGCCUUUGCGCUCAACGUCGAGACGCAUGAGAUUGAGAAGCUCGCCAGUGGAGUUCGCUGCAGUUCCUGGGAAAACUUGGUCGGGUAUGAGAUGGAUGGGGCCUCUUACCUCGUCUCCAUAGCAUGUCCCUAA